AUGAAUUCAAUUCAACUUUCACGUAGUAUUUUUCAUCGAAUACGUCCGUUGUUCACUGCAAGUGUUCACGCACGAAAUUACCAUGAAAAAGUGAUCGAUCAUUAUGAAAAUCCCAGAAAUGUUGGCUCAUUCGAUAAAUCAGAUGGUAACAUCGGUACUGGACUUGUCGGUGCUCCGGCAUGUGGUGAUGUAAUGAAAUUACAAAUCAAAGUGGAUGAGAAUGGCAAAAUCAUUGAUGCGAAGUUUAAAACAUUCGGUUGUGGUUCAGCAAUCGCUUCGUCAUCAUUGGCAACUGAAUGGAUCAAAGGAAAGUCGCUCAAAGAAGCAAACUCAAUCAAAAAUCAAGAUAUCGCUAAAGAAUUGUGUUUACCUCCAGUAAAACUUCAUUGCUCAAUGCUUGCUGAAGAUGCCAUCAAAGCAGCAAUUAAUGAUUACAACACGAAGAAGACCAAACAAUCGAAGGAGAGUGAUUAA